AUGAAGAAGCUGUGGCUACUUAUACCUUUAACGCUGCUCUGCCUGACUUCUUAUGUUGCUGCUGAAAAACCAGCCACUAGACCUGUAAACAUUGGUCAUCGAGGGAGUUCCGGUCGGCUCCCAGAACACACCCUAGAAGCCUACAGGUGAGACUAACAACAAACUCGUCGGCUGGAAGUACAGUAACAACCGAACAACCUUGACGACUGGCGAUAUCUAUAGAAAGCAAAGCGCUUAGGAAUUGCAAAUUCACCCUGUUGUAGCUUCAUUCUAAUGAGAAAACGCGUGCUAAAAGAUCGCCAGGUUAACUUUAGCCGUUGCUAUUUAAAGCGAAAGAUUUGAUUAGCAUGCGCUUGAUUAUACAUGUAUUAUGUAACGGCUGAUAUUGGCAUUUUUCUCAAUAUUGUUGUGGCAUCAAUGAUGCGAAUAAUUUGGAAAAUGCUCGAUGCAUUUAAAGUAUAACAUUCUAAGGUCAUUGAAAAGUUGUAAGGCAAUAAAAUUAAGACUCCAAAUGUUCUGUUUACAUGUAAGUGAACAACAGUAACUAACAAUACAUGUGAAGUAUACUGGAAUAUUUUAAAACUAUUGUUCUUUAUACAAAUAUAAAACUUGUUUGUGGAACUUUUGAGAAUGAGUAACAACCCAACUCCUUCGAAAGUGAUCUACUGUAUUUCCAAAAGGAUCAUGCCAGUUGAUUACCUCCGAAUAUAUCGCUCGACCAUGUUAACCUAUACACAUCAUGAACAUUCGUUCUUUGUUUUUGUUCCAGAUUAGAACUGACAGUGUUGAUUGAUUUGAUACAGCGUUCAUUUUCCUAUAAUGACAUAUUGAUCUAUUUUUUAAAGUUUAGAAGAGUAAAAACGAUUUAUCUUUAAACCACAUAAUUAUGAUAUAAGAAACAGCUAAUUCUAUGUGAUAGCCCUAAGAAACACAUCCGUAAGGCAAAACAAAAAACAAAAACAAACAUUUCAAUUUCAGAAAACUACGGACAGGAGGUGUCUCCUGGAAUAAGGGGUCCCAAAGAAGAGGUUUCACUUUAUCACAUCUGCAUAAACAGGGUUCAUACAAAAAAUUGCAAACAAUUUUCAAGGACUUUUCAAGGAUCACAUUAGAUUUUCAAGGACCACCUACUACGAAUAUAAUUUCACAGAUUUGUACAAAAAUACACAUUCCCAGUCUAUUCUAAUAAGACUUUAAGGCUUAAACUGUUUGCUUUACCAACUUCUCUACAUUGUCAGUUCACUAGUUAAUUAUUGCAUAAAGCAUAGAGCACUUUAUGUAAAUAACCUUUAAAUUCUCUGAGCUAUGAUUUAUAUUUUGUCUUGGACAACCAAAAAGCAUCAAAAAACUCUUUCCAGGCCACUACAUUCAAAGUUGAAAAAAAUUCAAGGGCUUUUUAAGGACUUGCACAGAAAUUUAGGGACUUUUCAGGGAAAAAUGGAAUUCAAGGACUUUUUAAGACUGUGAACCCUGUUAAAUGCCCCAGGCCUGAGGCCGAGGAGUAGGGCAUUAUAUGAUUAAAUGAACUAUUCCAUUGUUUUACAACCAGAAGGUCAAAAUUAUUGUGGCCACUGAAUUGAACAAUAGGCUAUUAUUCGCAAUAAUGGUCAACCUCCUGUUGCACCUCAGUGAGUGACCUACUCUUCCAUUUCAUUGAAAAUAACAACCUGUUCAAAACCCAUGGAAAGGUGCAUUAAAUUAAGCAAAUGUAUGUGGGAACAUCUCUCUAAAGGUUUUUUUGCUUUUCCUUUUUUUUCCUAAAGGCUAGCUAUCAAGGAAGGGGCUGACUUCAUUGAAUGUGACGUCUCCAUCACCAAGGACCUAAAACUUGUUUGUCGCCACGAGAGCUGGUUGAAUGAAACAACGAAUAUAUGGCAAAAUCAAACCCUCCGAUCAAGAGUGAAGACUUAUAAUAUACCAGCAUCUGGUGACAUGCCAAACAAGACUGUCACAGAUAUAUUUACAGUUGAUCUCACCCUGGAAGAGCUUAAGACAAUCCGUGUUAGACAAAAGUACCCUUUCAGAGAUCAUAGUUUUGAUGACAUGUACCAGAUACCUACACUUGAAGAAUACAUUCGAGUUGCCAAAUCUGCAGACAGAAAGGUUGGAAUUUACCCUGAGCUCAAGAGUCCAGAGUGGGUCAAUUCUUUGGAUAUUAUCCGUGACGCUAACACCACCUUUGAAGAUCUCUUUGUUGAGGUACUGCAUAAUAAUGGAUAUCGUGAGAAAGAUGCCCUGUGUUUUGUCCAGUCAUUCAGUGAAGAAAGCAUCAGGUCUUUGUCAACAAAAACAAGGUUACCUUUGGUGAUGUUAUAUGAUUACAGACCACCAAAUGAGCAGGAUAAAAUGAAAAAUCUUUCAAGUAUUUGUUCUGGUAUUGGUGUAUGGAAGAAUAAUAUUAUUCCAGUCGAUCAAAACAAUCUACAAAGUACCACGGAUUUUGUCACUAAUGCACACAACAACAACUUGAAGGUCCACGCAUUCACAUUCAGAAAUGAAAACAAGUAUUUGGCCUGGAAUUACAGUCAGGAUCCUUACAAUGAAUAUCAAACCUUCUUGAAUACCCAGAUUGAUGGCUAUUUCACUGAUUUCCCAGGAAGCUUUAAGAGGUUCCUGGAUAUGACAUAUACUGAACCUGCUUCUAAGCCUUGUGUUAGUGGAGUUCCUAGUGCCCACAGCUCUGGCAGAUUUUAUAAGCUUAUCCUGUCAAUUGCUGCCUUUUUGUUGUGUGUCAUGUCCUUUGCAUAG